CCUAUGUCUUCGGACUUUGCCGCCCAGUUUGUAAUUCACCUGUGUUGGGAUUGCAGAUACCCGUUUUCACUUUCAUUUCAUGUGUGAUCUUGAAAGGAAUGUGAAAACGCGGGGAAGAUAUGUCUGCUCGAUCUCCUUGGUUUGCCCUGACUCAAAUCGACAUUCCUCUUUCUGAAUUCGUUGCAGGGUCUGAAUUCGGUAUGACGUUGGAGUUGUGGACUCUCCACAGUCUCACGGGAGUUGUUCGCAGGGUUCGCAUGACGGGCAGGUUCUCUCUGGCUGGGAAGAGGCCGAAUGUGUCAAACAGAGGCUCUGGAGGUGCCCGUUAUCAGGAGACACUUCAUUGCAAUAACGAUCAGGAGGCCGCAGUCGCAGUCUACCCAGAGUGAAAGCACAGUACUGGGAGCAUCACUGAGCUUCGCUUGAAUGUCAUGAGCUCAGAGCAAUGCCAUAACGGCUAAGUACCAAGAGUGCGGAUCCCUCCCUUCCUCUUCCAGGCCCUCUCAGCGCAGUCGGUUGUCAGGAGAAGCUUGAUAAAACAAGACCUGUGGAGGGAUGACGCAUGGGAGCAUGCCUUGUCUUAGAUGCUGGAUCAGACUUUGUCAUUGGCAGCCAACCCCGUCAGAAAAUGUGUGCGGACGGUUGAAUUUCCCCCGUUCACAUGAUGCACCUGGUCUUCUGAACGGCCAAGGUACAUUCUUACAGGAUGGUUCUGAAGUGCGUCGUGGAGAUUGAAGUAGUAUGAUGAACUGCGUGGAGCUCUGGCUCUGUGUUACGAGGGCUUGCGGGCCCAGGACAGGUCUCGCGGUACAAAAUAUGUUGAGCGUUGCAUGGCAGGAUUGCUGGUCCAUCGUUUCUGCAUGUGUUCACUGUGUUGUUGGUUAUGACUUCUUUUUCAACGAGAGAGCACGCCUAUGAGAGGUUUAUCGACUCCCUCUCCUCUUCCCCCCUACAUCCCCCCCCACCUCCCUCUCCUUGCUUCCCAUCCCCUCCUCCCCCAAUGCAGAAUAAUUAGGAUGACUCGACUCUCUGCUUGUUUACUGAUAUCUACUGUGCGGUGUCCUGUUUGUCAUCCUUGUGUCUCUGAUGGAUUUGUCUCGUCGUAUCCAGUUUCGCCGUUUCGGGCUUCCUAUUUUGGCAUUGUGUGACAGUCUCAUCGGGGUCGACGACAGCGGACAUGUUUCUGUCCUUUCCCUCAUUUGGAACAAAUUAUGUAGCCGCCUGUGACUGGCAGCAAAGGUGAAGUAGCAUGUGUAAACGCUCCAAAUCUUGUAGUUUUGUGAAGUACUAAAGUUGCAGCGGUUGUCGAAAUCUGGUACUUGGCCAGAUAUGGGGCAAAUAUAGCUUACCAAGCAAGCUUUGCAGAUCCCGUCGGUGUCAUUUUCUUUACAAGAUUAUUAUCGUCAAAUAAGCGAUUUUAUCUUGGGAGUGACAGCAAAGGUGAAGCACACGUGUCAACGCGCGUAGUUCUGUGAAGUACUUAGUCAAGAUGGCUGCUGUUGAAAUCCUCCUGUACUUGGCCAGGUUUGAGGGAACAAAUCUUCAUGUCUCUU